UCUCAUCUGUAUAACCAAACGAGGCCUAAGUAAAUCGAUGUCAAGAUGGUUGGUUCACCAUGUGUUUCUCUAUAUUUUACCUAUCUAACCAAAUUCUGAGAAAUCGUUAUCACUACAAAAGCUAUAACCAUCAAAUUGUUUCAAACAACCCAUAUGUGCUCUGUCAAGUUGCUGUUUAUACUUUGCAUCCAUGGGCAGCUUCUGGUCUACAAGAGAAAUGAACAUUACAUACUGAUAUCACAUACCUUCCAAUUUGGUAUUUGACUAUUUGUUAAUGCCUCAUUUUUCCUUUGCAUCUUUCAAUAUAUUAUUGAAGCACCUUCAAAGAUUAUGAAGUCAACUGAUAUCUAAUCUAGGAUCCUUGGAAUGUUGAAAUGAUCGUAAUACUGUUUGCUUUUAACUCUUGCAGUUCAGCAGCGGAAGACUAUUGUAGUCUCUGAUUUCAGGUGAAGAAGUGAUUAGUAGUCUUAGUAGAGCUUCGAGGGCACAUUAUGUGGAACGGAACUCAGAGUGUGGGUGAAUGUUCUAGCUCAAAUUCCUUGAGUAGUCAGCAGGAUGUUGAGGAUGAUCGGAUGAUUGCUGUUGUACUAUCUGAAGAGUAUGCCAAGUUAGAUGGGGCAGUUGCUAGACGCCUUCCCAAGCUGGCGCCUGUUCCUCAUGUGCCACGAAUAAAUUCCUACAUCCCCAACUUAAGUGACGCAAGUUUGGAUCACCAACGCCUUCUCCAAAGGCUGAACGUCUAUGGUUUAUAUGAAGUGAAGGUUUCUGGCGAUGGAAACUGCCAGUUUCGUGCACUUUCAGACCAGAUGUACAAGUCACCUGAGUAUCACAAGUAUAUUCGGAAGGAGGUCGUGAAGCAGCUCAAAGACUGCUGUGCUUUAUAUGAAGGCUAUAUCCCCAUGAAGUAUAAACAUUAUUACAAGAAAAUGGCCAAAUCUGGGGAGUGGGGGGACCAUGUUACUUUACAGGCAGCAGCUGAUAAGUUUGCAGCGAAGAUAUGCCUUUUGACAUCAUUCAGAGAUACUUGUUUUAUUGAAAUCAUGCCACAGUACCAGGCACCUAAACGUGAGCUGUGGUUAAGUUUCUGGUCCGAGGUUCAUUACAAUUCGCUAUACGAUAUCCAAGAUGCUCCAAUUCCCCCAAAGCCUAGGAGGAAACACUGGUUGUUUUAGGUGUUCGUUGUGGCAUAGCAUUCAGGACUUCGAGAGAUUUUAGAUAAAUCCCUGUUGAAUAUCGGAAUGUUAAAGCGAAUUUCCUCACCCCACGGAGGCCGAACAAGAAACUUCGAAUCUGAACUCGGACGGUACCGAUUAUUUGUUCAACCGGAUUAAAAUUAAAACGCCAAGGGAGGAAAAACAAAAUUACGAUUCAUAUAUAUAUAUAUAUAUAUAUAUCUUUUACUGUAACGUGAAUUGAUGGUUUCAAUAAGCUAGGAGAUCAAACUGUCGUGAGAGUAGUGACAUGAUUUUUUUCAUUUUUUAAUACUAAAAAGCAUGAUUUAUUAAUUGAUUAGAAUCUUAUAACUCACACAUGCAUGCAGUUUGUAUUUAAUUUGGCAACUU